AUGCGUUAUGCCGCCGCCGCGCUCUACGCUACAUUGGCUGGUAUUGUGACAGCACAAGCAGGAGACUGGCAGCAAUGUGGUGGCACAAACUGGUCCGGGGCGACGACAUGUGGAGCUAACGCUGGCUGUGUGAAGAUCAAUGACUACUACUCUCAAUGCCAACCUGGUGCAGCACCAGCAAAUCCUCAGCCCGUACCCACAACCAUAGUGACGUCGACAGCGCCAGCACAACCCUCAGCCACUGGAGCCCCAUCUGGCGGAACACCAGCUGGUACCGGUCCCGGUACAACACUUCAAACCGGCUACUACUGGAUCCGCGCCGUCGCCGCACCCAACUUCCACAAAUACAUGCAAACCAGCCCUCUCUACAGCACCGGCUCAGCUCUUCUAGGCGACUACACAACGGCUGGCCAAUUCCAAAUUGUGAAUGACCAGCUGGUCCAACUUGUGUCUGCGCCUGGCGAGGCGACGAAGCUCCUCUAUGGUGUAGUUAGCGAGACACGCUAUAUCAACGAUAACAGCUUGAGCGUGACAUUCUCGGAGACGAAGAAAUACGUUUGGAAAAUUUGUCUGGUCUGGAGAUGGCUUGCAGUGGAGUGCUGCUAGUGUCACUAGACCCUAAUUCCGGGGCCUGGUAUGUAUGUUCAGGUCAGCUGUACAUCAACCUGGGCAAUUAUCUAUACCAGACGCCAGCUGGUUGUGCGGAUCAGACGAUCCACUACUACAACGAUAGCAAGGCGAACAACUAGAUGGCCUACCGCGACGACCCUAUCUCCUACGUGACGAAAAGUGAAAGAUAGCAGCUUCGAAACCUCAUCUGCUAAACCCCGUCAUUAGUUAGCCUCUUAGAACCAAUUUUACUUAUGCUUAUCUUGGGGCAAUUUCAAAGACUCCCC